CAUCCAACAGGCCCCCCCAAUCAAUAGCAUCAUGUAUUGAUUUUUUCAACCCACGCCAAUCUCGUGAUUCUUUCUUUCUUUCUUUCUCUACCUCUAUCAACAAAAGCUCCUUCUCCUCUUCUUUUUAUCUCUUUCUUUAAUUUAAGGCAUCCUAAACAUUACUGUAGAGCUGAAGUCAUGGCUGCCUGCGGAAGCCUUCAACAUAUUUUCGAAAAACCGUUAUCACAAACUCCUGCUACACUUCUUGAAUCUCUCUCUUCAUGGAACCAAAUCAAACCUGUAAAACCAAUCGAGCAAUCAUCUUUCACUGAAAUAUUCGGUGAGCUUCAUUUCGAAGAAAAUUCUCAAUCAACAUCAUCACCGCCCUCUUUUCCUGUAUCAUCCUUUUCUUCUGCUUCUUCAUCUUUUAUAGAUAUAAUCCCACGAGCGGCACCUUCAAAUAUCAACAAGAAUGAUAACAUAGAUAAUCAAAAUGAUAACAAGAAAAUUCCAUCACUAGACUUCUUUUCCGCAACACCAAAGAAUCAUCAAUACACAGGCUUUCACAAAAAUGGUGACAGCUUUUCACCAAGGAACUAUGAGAACUUACAACUGUGCACCGAAGGACUUGGUUUUGAAAGUUUGGAUGACGUUGAGGACUUGAAGAAUGAUAUAAAUGAAGAUUGGCAACAUCAAGAAGAUAAAGUAAGCUUCACAAGGCAUUCAGCUUUGGAGAAUCAAAGUGGAGAAAUCAGGAGGUCUAGGUCAAGUGGACGAGCAUUCCCUCCGCCAAUUUCGUGCAUAGGCAAGAGUGGAAAACCAUGGGUUUCCUUCAAGUCUUACCGGCAUGAUGGGAGGUUUGUGCUCAAACAAAUACUAACCCCCAGCCAGGAAUUUUUACAUGCACAUAGAGAAAAUGGGCGACUAAAGCUGCACCUUGUGCAGCCAAGGGAUGAAAUUCUUGAGGAAGAAGAUGAGGAUGAGGAGGUUGUAGAAGAAGAAAAUGAAGAGAACUAUUCAGAAGAUGACGAGGGAGAUGAAGAUGAAGAAACAGGUAACAAAAAUGACAAAGUUGAUGAUGGCUGAAAAGACCGACUCUAUUAUAUACAAGUAGGAGUAUUCUUUUGUUGCUGCUUAAAAGAUCUUCAGCUUCUCUUUCUUUCACCAGUAUCAAUUAUGUAGAGGAAAAGGAAUACAAUCUUGACAGUUUACUAUAAUUUUCCUUUCCUUUUUAUUUC